AUGGAUUAUUUUUUAUGCAUUAGAUCAAAGACAACAGCUGAGUUUCUGAGAGAUGCAGUGGAGAUGAGACUGCGGAUGUUGAUUCCUUAUAUUGACACAUGGCCUCAGGCCAUGAGCAUCCUGCUACUGCCCCACAACAUCCCCGACAGCCUGAAACACCUGUCCACGAUGGUGGAUGACAUCUGGUACUACGCAGGCGAUCGCUCGACGGACGUCAACUGGUACACAAAGCGGGCGGCACUGACAGGGAUCUAUAACACCACAGAGCUGGUGAUGGUACAGGACUCGUCUCCUGACUUCGAAGAGACAUGGGCCUUCCUCGAUAAUCGCAUAAAGGAUGUAGUUAACAUGGCGAACACGGCUAAACAGGUGCAAGCCACAGGAGAAGCCGUGGUUCAAGGACUCAUGGGAGCCGCAAUUACGCUGAAGAACCUAACAGGGAUGAACCAGAGACGAUGAGUUACUUCUGAUGCUCCGGCCUUCAUUUUUUUCACAUCUUUUACUCACUGAGUGACCCCUCGGCCACGCUGCAUGAAUGUCUAAUACCUCAAUCACCCGCUCUAAACCAACUAAACUAUUUGAAGUGAUCACAAUGAAAGUGUUUGUGUUACGAUAGAUGCAGAGAAGGAGCCCGUUUUCCGGCAUUUCUCUGCAUUUGUAAAAAGAACGAAUAUAAAUGUAAAUUGUAUUCGAGAGUCCUAUGUUCAUACGGUUUGUGCCAGACUCACUGGCGAGUCCCUCAUUAAAAGAAAAUA